GAAGAUUGAGACACCGGGAUUAAGGUCACCGGCGAAAUGUAACUCCGGCCCCGGAUAUGUCUUGGCCAUAACGAGGCUUCGACCGUGAAGUGAGUCAACCAAACAACUGUCUUUCUCUUCUUCCUCCAUCAACAACAAAACACAACGAAAAUGAACAACACAACCAUGAUAUAGGUGGUUGCGGCUGUCGCUGCGACCGCCUAGGCACGUUUACCCCUCGUCGGGGUUGUCGUUGCCAAGCCUCUCGAUAGAUCGCGCAGAACGCAAGCACACGACACCAGGUCCCUAAGGGGAUCUGAAGUGAAUGUCAGAAUGCCGGCCAAAAAGAAAACAAAACCGCUUCAGCCGCAGGCUUCAAAAUCCGAACCUGAGCCAACGCUUGCAGCUCCACCUUCAUUUGGACAAUCUCAUCGUAGUUUCGAGGAGGAAAUUGCGGAGUAUCCAGAGGUCCAGCGAAAUGAAUUUCUGACGACGAGAGCAAUCUAUCCUGACGAGUUCGAACGAGUUCGUGGACGAAAGGACGCCUGGCAGGCAAAGGAGAAUCUAGCCUUUCAAGUCAGGAUAGGCCCGCUUGAAGAUCGUGCAUAUUUCGUCAAACUGAUCUUCGAGUUUCCACGAGCAUAUCCAAAAGUGCUCCCGAAAAUUGACAUCCUUGACAUUCAGCCGAAAGACCCAGAAAUCCGACAACACAUUGAGCACAUCAUAUCCACAUAUCCGAAACAGUACCAGGGCAGUGAGUCUGUUUACGAAGUCAAUACCGCAAUCAUGGACUUCCUUGAUCAAGUCAGCUUGGACAAGGCAGCGAAGAAAGCCGAUAAAAGUCUUGAGGAAGAGCGUGUUGCCAAAGAAGCCCUUACCAAGAAACAGCUCGAAGAACAAGAAGAACGCGCCAGGAAGCAGCAAGCGGAACAGGUCGAAAAGGAUGAGACACUUCUCGAGUCACAAGUUUCACACGAAAAGCAACGCCGUCUCAAGACGACAUUAUCCCGCAAAUCUACCGGAGAGGACAAUGCAGAUCUUUACGACGUUCCUGAAGAUCCUGUCCGGUUUGAUCAGUCCAUGACAUUGCGAGACAUAGGAACAACCAUGCCCUUCAAAUUCAAAGCAGUAGUGGGAAGAUCAGUCAUACUCAAGCGCAAAGACAAGAAGGUCAUGAUCGUGGCUCCACGUGUUGACACCGAACGAGUUCAGGCACCACAACUCCUCCUGAAAGAUAUCUACCUUCCCGAAAGCAUAGCUCCGAAGGGUGAAUUGCAAAAGUGCAUGGAGAUUGUCGAAGAAGAUUUGGAAUCUUCGAAGCAGCAUCAUCACCUAAAUGUCGUGGACUUGAUCAAUUACAAGAUCGAACAUAUGAACCUCGAGGAUGGCACUGGACAGUGGAAGCUUUCGGUUCUUUCAGAAUAUGCCAAUGGGAAAUCCCUUACCGACCUGCUGGACUAUGCAGAAGCUUUGAGUGCGGCCAAGAUUCGCUCAUGGACUCGACAGCUGGCCGAUGCGCUAGUGUUCUUUGAUCAGCAAGGCUACGUCCAUCCUGCCGUACAUGCUGGUAACGUCAUGUUGUUUCGCUCUCCCACUGGCGGUAUCACUGUCAAGCUGUCCGACGGCUACGGCACCCAGCUCAGAGAGCUUGUCAUGGCAGCUUCCGAAACAUCUGCACCUGCGGACAACUGGACAGCUCCCGAAUUGGAGACCAGCAAGCCUCAAAGAACAAACAAGACGUGCAUCUGGGAACUGGGGGUUGUUAUCAUGCAAAUGGCACUUGGGAAAGACGUUAAAGAAAUGUAUCUUGAUCCGACCAACGUGCUUGUGGGGUGCGCCUUUCAUGACAGUAUCGAAAGAUUACUGGGGGAAAUGUUUGCCAGCAGACCAGGCAGUCGGCCAAGUGCAUUUGAACUGACUCGAAAAGCAUUCUUCUUCGAAGAACGCAUCCCAAUCUUUCAGAAUCAUUCACCCACACUACCGAACACGCCCAAUCUGCGAAGAAGAUAUAGCGGGAAGUCUGGAGUCUCUCGCUAUGAAAGUGAAUGGGAGGAGAUUGAGUGUCUUGGGAGAGGAGGCUUUGGAGCGGUCUUCCGAGCGCGACUGAAACUGGACGGCCAAAUCUACGCAGUUAAGAAGAUUCCCAGCAGAUCAAUUAAGAAGCUGGAAGAGAUUCUUGCAGAAGUCACCUUGCUGGCCAAGCUCAAUCAUCAGUACGUUGUUAGGUACUUUACAGCAUGGUACGAGAACGAGCAGGACAACCGAAUCGAAGACUUGCCUCCACCAGCAAUCCGCCCCAAAUCUGCACGGCAACCGUUACCUCUGAGCACUGGUCACGAUUUCAUGGAACCAUCGGUCUACCGCCAUCAAGGUCCUGAGUUCAGCGAUGACGACGGCGACAUGUUCGGAUAUCAGCCACCUCCACCAAUUGAUGAAGAAGAUGGUUACGACGAUGAUCCCUUCGGGUCUGAUCCAGAACCUGACCGUGAACAAGAUGAGCAGCCUAGCGAUCCGUUUGCUGUACGAUACCCGACAAGUCAUGAUCUCCAACAAGACAAUGCCGACGACGACCCUUUUGCUAGCGCUGAGUCGCCCCCGAAUUCUGCGGUGCCUGUACGAACACGCAGUCCACCUCGUAGUGAGGUCACAAGCCUGUACAUCCAGAUGGAAUUCUGCGAAGGACAGGAUUUGAGAAGUCGAAUUGCUCAAGGCCUCUACAAAGAUGUGGACGCUGUCUGGAGAUUAUUCCGCCGUAUCGUCGAGGGACUGGCUUAUGUCCAUGCUCUUGGUGUCGUUCAUCGAGAUCUCAAACCCGAAAACAUAUUCUUGGACGCUCUUGACAAUCCCAAGAUUGGCGAUUUUGGACUUGCAACUGCAGGACAAGCAGUAUCAAAAGCUCAAGCUUCAGCACCUGGUAUGACCACAACGAAUAAAUCUACUGGAGUCGGAACUAGAGGUUACACCGCGCCUGAACUGAUGUCGCAUGGAAGCAAAUAUGACGCCCGAGCAGACAUGUACUCCCUUGGUGUUAUGUUCUACGAAAUGUGUUAUCCUUUCAGAACCGGGACAGAAAGAGCCGAGGGAAUGCAGUAUCUUGCCGUGAACCCACCCAUCUUACCCGAUUUCUUCAAAGAAGACAUUCAUCAGACACAAGGGGAAGUCAUCCUUGAACUCACAAAUCGGGACCAAGAGCUACGACCCACUGCGAGACAACUACUUGAUGGCGGAAAGGUACCUGAACCUCUUGAGGAAGAAAAAUUCCAACGUCACAUCGACAGAUUGGCGGAGCAACGUCCAGAAGAGUAUCAAUCCGUGGUCAACAAGUUUUUCAACAAGCCUAACAGUACGGUGUCAAGCCUUGCAUGGGAAGAUACGUCAGGAAAGAGUAUGACCACCGUAGAUCCUGUCCUCUGGACCUCUACAUGUGAACAUCUAAAGGAGAUUUUCCGUCGACACGGUGCGGUUGAAACUGCCAGACAAGGCAUGGUUCCGAGAGCAGGCUUUACAACAAAUCCAGCAGUUUUCCUUGACACUUCUGGCUUGGUCGUGCAGCUACCGGAAGACCUCACUUUGCCAUUUGCGCGAACACUCGGUCAGAGUCCCCAUAACUAUGCAAAGACCUACUGCUUUGGUACUGUUUAUCGUGCCACCGCCCCAGGCGUUCAACCAAGACAUGUUCCUGAAGUGGACUUCGACUUUGUCUCACACGGCGACAAUGACUUAUCAAUCAAAGAGGCAGAAGUCAUCAAGGUCCUGGACGAAAUCCUGAAUGAAUUCCCUGUUCUUGCUGCUCGAAAAUGGGCUAUCUACGUUACUCACACUGACUUGAUGGACAUCAUUCUCGAUUUCUGCCGGAUCAAAGCCCACGAAAGCCGAAAGGUCAAACAGGCGCUCUCUCACCUCAACAUUGGGGACAAAACCUGGCCUGAUAUCCGAAAGGAACUCCGCAGCUCGGCCAUGAACAUCGCUGAGACCUCUGUCACCGACCUGGCACGGUUCAACUUGGAAGGGGACGUCGACAAGAUCCGCAACCGGCUCACACAGCUGUUUGGCGAGGGUGAGCACCUCAGCAAGACCCUCCCCCUUUUGGCCCGUCUCGAUGAGGUCCUUCAAUACCUCAAACGAAUGAACGUUCGUACUGAGAUCCUGGUCGCCCCCUUGAGGAACGUGCUCAAUUCUGAGCAUUUGUAUCGUGGCAGCCUCCUUUUCCAGUGCAUGGACAAGAGCUUUAGAAGGGCUCUUGCCGUGGGAGGGAGGUACGACGCGUUGAUACAAGAGUUUCAGACAAAGUCUGAAAGGGGGUCGACCAGGUCGGUGGGCUUCCGCCUGAACGUUGUCGACCUGGUCGCCUACGUUCGUGGGCCAAAGGCGGCCAAGCAUACGACGGACGCCAGACAGGCACCGCGUUGCUUCUGUGACGUUCUCGUCACCAGUUUCGAUGCCGCAACGCUGAAAAGCGGGUGCGUGGAGCUUGUUUCGUCUUUGUGGAGUGCCGGCCUCAGUGCCGAGUUGUCAGAGGAGUUCCGCUCCCUCGAGGAGUUGGAGAGGGCGUACAAAGACGCCAACUUCUGGUUGGUGAUUGUGAGGGGAGGGGCGGGCGACAGAGGGUUGAAGGUGCGCAGCCCCUCCCGCUCAGAGUACGAAGUCAAGGCGGUGGAGCUGGUGUCGUUUUUGCGCCUAAACAUGGCGAAGAAUAGAUAGGGUGGGCUGUUUCCUUGUUUUCAAUGAUACCAAUCACGUUUUCACACC